AUGUCAAUCAAUAAUCAGGAUCUUCUAAAUACCACAAAAUCUAAAUUAUUAUCAACGGAUAUUCCUCAUCAUAUGGAAGAUCAAACAUUUGAUUUAUCAUGGAAUGAUAUUUUAUAUGAUGGUGGAUUAGCUACAUGGUUAACUCGAUCAUCUUUUCGAUGGUUAACAAUAUCAGUUUGUUUAAUUGGAAUUAUUGGUAAUCUAUUAGCUGUUUGUACAUUACUUCGACGGCGUAUGCGUACAUUAUCAACCUAUGCUUAUUUAACAGCAUUAUGUUUAUCAAAUAGUAUAACAUUAUCAUCAGUAAUUGUAUUUGAAUUAGAAGUCUUAUUUGCUCCAAGUCGUUUUAAUUGUAUAUUUGUUGCAUCAGCAAAAGGUUUAGCUUCAAGCACUUUUGCUCUAUCAACUUGGAUAACACUUGGUUUUACUAUUGAUCGAUAUAUAAUGAUUUGUUAUCCAUUUACCGGUGAAAAAAUGUGUACACGUCGUAAUGCAUUUUUUGUAUUAAUUCUAUGUCUUUUUUUGGCAUCAGCUUAUUUAAUACCACAAAUGUUAGCAAAUUCAUGUCAUGCUAUGUCAAAUGGAAAUCCCUUUGAUAAAGUAAAUCAUUCAAUAAGUUAUUUUAAUAAAAGUGAAUCGAAUUCACUUACAUUUUGGGUAUCUGGUUUAAGUGAUCUCGGUAAAUCAUUAGCAUAUCGUUUAACAAUAACAUUAUUUGUUAAUUGUUUUCUUGUACGUAUAAUACCAUUUCUUGUUGUAUUUAAAUUAAACUUACAUCUUAUUCAAACACUUGCACAUACAAAACGACGUCAUCGACAAAUCAAUCCUUAUGAACAAAAACGAAAUGAUGUUACACAUAUGCUUGUUAUUGUUAUUUCGAUUUAUCUUAUUUGCAUAAUGCCGUCCAUACCAUUUGCUGCUUUUUUUGCCUAUAAUCCCGAUAAAUAUGUUAGUAUCUCAUAUCAUUAUCGUGCAUUUCAACAUCUAGAUGAAUUCGGUAAAUUUUUAAUGAUAUUUAAUUCAGCAUCACAAUGUUAUUUAUAUAUAUUUUUUGGUAAACGAUUUCGUCGUGAAUUAACACAUUUAUUAUGUUGUUUCUGUAUGAAAUAUUUUUAUAUUCCAAUGCCACAGAAUUUUACAAAUCAUAGUGAUCGUGAAACAUUUCUACCGGAUUUUGGAAAUAAUAAUGAUACAUUUGAACUUGUCCUUAGUGGUAAAUGGUCACUUGAUCAAAGACAAGAUUCUAUAGCUGGAAUAGAAUUUAGUUUUCAUCAUCCAAGACGAUGGAGUCGUUUAACAUCGUCUUCAGCAACAACAGCCCGUUCAGAUUCUGAUUUCGAUGAUAAUCGAAUUAAUUUCAAUAUCUUACAACGUUUUAAAAAUCGUGUUGAACAAUUAUUUACUCGUUUUCAACAAUAA